GCUGUGUCGGUGGGAUUUGUAGUCCAGUAGCGCCGUGGCCGGUUCGGAGUUUGACAGGGAGCAGCGUCGGUGGUGACAUUAAACAAGUACAGUCUUGCAGAUGAAGAUGGCGUCCAUGCUGCUGAGGUCGGUGCGGAGCAGCACACUGAGCCCGUCCUGGGCUGCACACUCCGCCGCUCGCGUGCUCAGCUCAACAGCUCCGCUUCAUGCACAAGCAGCCCAGACAAAGAGCAAGAAAACUCUGGCUCGGCCUGGUGUGAAGAACAUCGUCCUGGUGGAGGGAGUGCGAACGCCCUUCCUCAUGUCCGGCACCGCGUACGCCGACAUGAUGCCCCACGACCUCGCCAGAGCCGCUCUACAGGGUCUGCUGAACAAAACGGGGAUCCCGAAAGAUUCCGUGGACUACAUCAUCUACGGGACCGUCAUCCAGGAGGUGAAGACCAGCAACGUGGCCAGAGAGGCGGCUCUGGGUGCGGGGUUCUCCGACAAGAUCCCGGCUCACACCGUCACCAUGGCCUGCAUCUCCUCCAACCAGGCCAUGACCUCGGCUGUGGGUCUGAUCGCGGCGGGACAGUGCGACGCCGUGGUGGCCGGCGGAGUCGAGUUCAUGUCGGACGUGCCCAUCCGUCAUAGCCGCAAGAUGAGGAAGACCAUGCUGUCCCUGAACAAGGCCAAGACCCUGGGCCAGAGGCUGAGCCUGCUGGGCGGCAUCCGGCUGGCUCACCUCUCCCCUGAGCUUCCCGCCGUCGCCGAGUUCUCCACCGCCGAGACCAUGGGCCACAGCGCUGACCGCCUGGCCGCCGCCUUCGGAGUCUCGCGGCUGGAGCAGGACGAGUUCGCGCUGCGCUCGCACACGCUGGCCAAGAAGGCCCAGGACGGCGGACUGCUGCAGGACGUGCUCUCCUUCAAAGUCCCAGGUGAGUCCACCUGCCUCUCACCCUGGGCAGCUGGGACUGAGAAAAUGGCAGUCACUCAUCUGGUGGUUUCAGGUCGCGACAUCGUGUCCAAGGACAACGGCAUCCGGCCCUCGUCCCUGGAGCAGAUGUCCAAGCUGAAGCCGGCCUUCAUCAAGCCGCACGGCACCGUCACCGCAGCCAACUCCUCCUUCCUGACGGACGGCGCCUCCGCGGUCCUCAUCAUGUCGGAAGAGAAAGCCUUGGCCAUGGGCUUCAAACCUAAAGCCUAUCUGAGGGACUUUGUCUACGUGUCCCAGGACCCCAAAGAUCAGCUGCUGCUGGGGCCCACUUACGGAACGCCGAAGGUGUUGGAGCGAGCCGGGCUCACCAUGAACGACAUCGACGUGUUCGAGUUCCACGAGGCCUUCGCUGGUCAGAUCAUGGCCAACCUGAAGGCCAUGGACUCGGACUGGUUCGCACAGACGUACAUGGGCAGGAAGACCAAGGUGGGGACUCCGCCCAUGGACAAGUUCAACCUGUGGGGCGGCUCUCUGUCGCUGGGUCACCCGUUCGGGGCCACCGGCUGCAGACUGGUCACCACUGUCGCCCACCGGCUGCAGAAGGAGGGGGGCCAGUACGGACUGGUGGCGGCGUGCGCUGCCGGAGGACAGGGUCACGCCAUGGUCGUGGAGGCCUACCCUCAGUAGGCUGGUCCGGCGUCUCCUCCCUCUGGACGUACGAGCACCACUUUGCCUAAACCUGUGGGUGCCCACUCCCCCGCGCCCCAGGAAGUUUGGGGUGGCGUGGAGGAAGGCUGCUUUGCUUCUGUGAGCCGCCAAUCAGACGUAGGACGCAGUAGAUGAAGAUGCCGCCGCCGCUCGUGUUUGUACAGACGCUGUAACAUUGUUUUCUAACAAACUAGUGACAUUAAAGGUGUGACGAUGUC